UCACCAAGCAUUACUGUGCUUAUCACUGCCUCAUUUUUCUUGUUCAAACCAUUGUUCCAUCCAGGCAACUCUUCUAUAAGUUCCCAUCCAAAGAGGCUAGGACACUAAAAAACAGAGGCUGAGACACUAAAUUCUCUGUUAUUAGAUUUGGAAAUUUGAAGGGUAAUAUGGGUGAAGCACCGUAUUCCUCUCAAGAAACCUUUCAUCAAUCACUCCUGAAUUUUUCUCACCCUUCUCACCCAAUCUCGAAUGCAAUUUACACUCCUCAACAUCCUUCCUACCCUUCCAUUCUCCAAGCCUAUAUUCGAAAUCUCCGAUUCAACACAUCGAAAACUCCUAAACCACUUCUCAUUCUUACUGCAUUGCAUGAAUCCCAUGUCCAAGCUGCUGUUCUUGCUGCCAAAAAGCAUGGUCUGCAGAUGAAAAUCCGGAGCGGAGGCCAUGACUAUGAGGGCACUUCUUAUGUUUCAGAUGUUCCAUUCUUUAUUCUUGACAUGUAUAAUCUUCGGUCCAUUGAUAUCGAUCUCGAAAAUGAGACUGCUUGGGUUCAGGCAGGUGCCACGCUUGGUGAACUCUUUUACGGAAUUGCUGAGCGAAGCAAGACACGUGGCUUCCCUGCUGGUGUCUGUCCGACAGUCGGUGUUGGAGGCCAUUUGGUUGGUGCUGGGUAUGGCAAUCUGAUGAGAAAGUACGGCCUGUCGGUUGAUAAUGUCAUCGAUGCAAAACUUGUUGAUGCUGAAGGAAGAAUUCUCGACAGAAAAUCUAUGGGAGAAAACCUAUUCUGGGCAAUUAAAGGUGGAGGAGCUAGCUUUGGAGUUGUUCUUGCAUACAAAAUCAACCUUGUUCGGGUUCCAGAAGUAGUUACUGUUUUCAGAGUUGAAAGAACAUUGGAACAAAAUGCAACUGAUAUUGUCUAUCAGUGGCAACAUGCUGCACCAGAAAUUGAUGAAGAUCUUUUUAUCAGGCUUGUCUUAGACGUACUAAAAAAUGAUCAAACCGGCCAAAAGACGGUAAGAGGUUCAUUUAUUGCCUUAUUUCUUGGAGAUUCUGAGAGACUUCUUUCAAUCAUGAAAGAAAGCUUCCCCGAAUUGGGUCUGCUGAAAUCUGACUGUAUAGAAAUGAGUUGGCUUGAAUCGGUCCUGUUCUGGACAAACUAUCCUAUCGGAACACCGACUGAUGUUUGUCUUAGUAGAGAGCCUCAAACACUGGUCUACCUGAAAAGAAAAUCAGAUUAUGUACAAGAACCAAUUUCCAAGCAAGGAUUGGAAGGAAUUUGGAAGAAAAUGAUGGAGCUAGAGGUGCCAAUGAUGGGAUUCAAUCCUUACGGUGGGAAAAUGAAAGAAAUUGCAGAAACAGAAACUCCAUUUCCACAUCGAGCUGGGAACUUAUGGAAGAUUCAGUAUCAAAUAAACUGGACACAGGAAGGGGAAGAAGCAGCAAAUCAUCACUUGGAUUUGGCCAGACAACUUUAUGAUUACAUGACUCCUUUUGUUUCCAAGAACCCAAGGGCAGCAUUCCUGAACUACAAGGAUCUCGAUUUGGGCAUCAACAAUCAUGAUAAAGAAAGCUACAAGGUAGGAAGUGCUUAUGGGAUCAAGUACUUCAAGAAUAAUUUCAACAGGUUGGUGCAAAUCAAAACCAAGUUUGAUCCUGAUAAUUUUUUCAGACACGAACAAAGUGUUCCGACUUUUCCUAGUUACUAACGAAACUGUCAGUACAUGAUUGUCUGUGACAUGAAAUAGAAGCAACUUUUUCUCCUUUAAUGGACAACAAAAGACCACGGGCAAAAUAUAUGCUAUUGUCUUUAUUAUCAUCUACAAGGUUCUGUUGAAAAUUCAUUGCGAUUAUCAAUGCAAAUAUCAUAGUUUUUUUUUUUUA